AUGAUGGAAGCUCCAAGAUACACAAACUAUGACUUUGGCAUAAUUGCCGGUGCUGCAAUUGGCAUGGCGUUCCUCCUAGCCUCUGGAUCUAUCGUUUACAACCUCUUCCUCCACCCUCUUCGCAAAUACCCCGGUCCAAUCUUGUACAGAGCCACCAAACUGGCCUUUGCCCUCAGGCUUGUGCGUGGAAACUUGCCACAUCACGUUCUUGCCUGGCAUACGAAGUAUGGCCCCGUAGUCCGAAUUGCGCCCGAUCAGCUGGCGUUUUCCGAUCCCGAGGCCUGGAAGGAUAUCUAUGGCCACCGGACAGAUCCACUGGCAGGGAAAGAGGAGAUGCCGAAGCUCGAUCUGUUUUUCCGGACACCAGGCAUUCCUGUCUCUAUUGUUGCUGAGUCUCGGGCGAAUCACACGAAGCUGCGGAGGUUAAUGUCCCACGGUUUCAGUGAACGGGCUAUGCGCGAACAGGAGUCCCUCAUUGUUAGCUACGUGCAACUGCUAAUUCGCCGCUUACACGAGAAGUGCUGGACCUCGACCAAGGACGUUACCCUCUCCGAGAAUGACAUCAGCGACAGCACGCAGACGCUUAAGCUUCAAGUUCAAGAUAUGAACACAUGGUACAACUGGACCACUUUUGACAUUAUCGGGGACCUGGCUUUUGGGGAGUCUUUUGGCUGUCUGGAUAACGCCGUCUACCAUCCCUGGAUCACAGCCAUCAUGGACUCAAUCAAGACGGCCGGCAUGUUUGAUGCGCUGGCUUUCAGCCAAGAGCGCGUAAAGCGGCGUAUGGAGCUCCAAAUAGAGCGUUCCGACUUUCUCGAUGGACUAAUACAAAAGAAACAAGGCCAGCCGCUUGCUUUGGCGUGUUUGACUACCAAUGCUAGCCUUCUGGUUUUGGCAGGAUCCGGGACCACGGCUACCCUUCUCUCUGGCGUAACCUACCUCUUGCUGAAUAAUCCGCAGUCCAUGGCCAAGUUAGCGGCAGAGGUACGGUCCAGCUUCUCCUCGGAAGAAGAGAUCACACUACUAUCUGUCAACAAACUGACCUACAUGCUGGCUUGCCUUAACGAGGCACUUCGUUGCUACCCGCCUGUUGUUUUCGGAUUACCGCGCGUUGUGCCAAAGGGUGGCAGCAAUAUUGCUGGUCACUUUGUUCCACAAGGUACCGUUGUGGCAUGCUGGCAAUGGGCCAUGAACCACAUGCCUGAGAAUUGGGAGGACCCGUGGAAAUACAGCCCAGAACGCUUCCUCGAGGACAAUCCAAACACGCGAGAUCGCCUAGAGGCGAUGCAACCCUUUAGCGUCGGUCCAAGAAACUGCCUCGGCCGCAAUCUUGCUUAUGCUGAAAUGCGCCUCAUACUGGCCCGCAUAAUCUUCAACUUUGACUUGCAACUGGCAGACCCCGAUUUCGACUGGUUAAAAAAGAGCACGGCUUUCAUUUUGUGGAAAAAGCCGAAACUGAACGUUUUUCUGAAUCCGGUCCGUGCUGCAUAA